AUGAGUGUGUCCGUUGUGUUGGGAUCGCAAUGGGGCGACGAGGGCAAAGGAAAACUGGUUGACAUCCUCGCAGCGGACAUUGAUGUAUGCGCCCGAUGCGCAGGGGGGAACAACGCAGGACACACCAUCGUGGUACCCGUAAAUGGGGAGAAGAAGACUUUCGCGUUCCAUCUUCUCCCGAGCGGUCUCGUCAACCCAUCGUGCACUGGCCUAAUCGGCUCUGGUGUUGUCGUUCAUGUUCCCUCGUUUUUUAAGGAGCUCGAUGCCCUCCAAAGUCAAGGCUUAGAUUGCACUGGUCGUCUUUUCAUUUCCGAUCGUGCCCAUCUCGUUUUCGAUUUCCACCAAAUUGUUGAUGGGUUGAAGGAGGUCGAACUCGGCGGUUCGAGCAUCGGGACCACUAAGAAGGGCAUUGGCCCGGCAUACUCUGGGAAAGCCUCCCGCUCAGGCCUCAGAGUGCAUCACCUCUUCGACCACGAAACCUUUGCGCAGAAGUUCCGCAAGAUCGUCGAGGGCCGCUUUAAGCGUUAUGGGUACUUCGAAUACGACACCGAAGGCGAGAUCGUCCGCUACAAGGAACUUGCAGAGCGGUUACGCCCUUAUAUCAUCGACAGCGUGGCAUACAUUCACCAAGCCAUAUCGUCCGGGAAGAAGGUCCUCGUCGAGGGUGCUAAUGCCUUGAUGCUCGAUCUCGAUUUUGGCACGUAUCCCUACGUGACAUCGUCCUCGACCGCCAUUGGUGGUGUUUGCACUGGACUCGGGAUUCCCCCCAAGAUGAUUGGACACACUAUCGGCGUCGUCAAAGCGUAUACUACGCGCGUCGGAGGGGGGCCAUUCCCCACUGAACAGUUGAACGAUACUGGCGUCCAUCUCCAAGAAGUCGGUCGCGAGUAUGGCACUACUACUGGUCGUCGGAGACGCUGUGGAUGGCUCGAUCUCGUUGUCCUGAAGCACUCCACCUUGAUCAACGGAUACGACAGCUUCAACCUCACCAAGCUCGAUGUGCUUGAUCAAUUGGCAGAAAUAAAGAUCGCGGUCGAGUACACCGUAGACGGUAAAGAGCUAUCUGGAUUCCCAGCCGAUCUCGAGCUGCUCGACAAAGUCGAAGUCGAGUAUGUCACUCUACCUGGAUGGCAAUCUUCCAUCGAGAACAUCACCUCGUACGACGCGCUCCCUGAGAACUGCAAGAAGUACGUCGAGUUCAUCGAGGAAUCCACUAAGGUGCCCGUCAAGUGGAUCGGAGUCGGCCCAGGUCGAGAGAACAUGAUCAUAAAGCCUUGA